UGUAAAAUACAUACAAACAACCCCCUGCUGUUACGACAAUGGCGGAUUGGCGGGAGCGUGUCAUGGAGAGCCUGAGAAAAGCUUGUUGGUGAAGUUAAGUCUCUUUCUGUUUUAUCCUUUGUGAAGACUGUCACUAGCACUUCAACCCAUUUUCCUGCUUUUAACAAGGACUGGUACGGAGAGUGGCUUUCUUUCAGAUAAGAUUUAGAUGCUCUAGUCGGUGGUGGGUUGAUGGAGAGCUCUGAGAUUAAAUCUGGGACGUUGGUUACCUUACAAGACUUACACCCAUCUUCUCCAUUCUUUCAGGAUGGUGCUUCAUUUAGAGUGACUGGGAAGCUAGAAGAAUAUUCUGUGGAGACAGCCAUAGCUGUAAUUGCUGAUGGAGAUGCUAACCUCAAGAUUGACACCAAGAACUUAAGGGACCUUAGUUUUCGGAUCGGCUCAAUCUAUCAAUUCAUUGGCGAACUCCAUAUUCAAGCUGACAACGAGAACGAGGCAAUCUUGCAGGCUCGAGUGGGUAGGAAUGUCGAUGGGAUUGACCUAAAUCUCUAUUAUCAAACCCUUCAGCUGCUAAGACAGUUCCAAGCGGAGUGCAUUAAGAAACAGGAACUUGAUGCAGUUCAGGCUAUGAAUGAAGACAUUGCCGGGUGAUAUUCAGGCAAAUGCUACAACAUGGCGGCUCCAUUAAUAUACAGUAGAAAUAUCAUUUGGGUAUAUAUAUAUUUCUUCUGACAUAAAAACCCAAACAGAAGUUUAUUUCUUUCGGUUGGAUUGGAUAAUGUCAUAUGGGCUUGACUGGAGCAUGAGUGGGCA